GCGGUUGAUCGUAGAACACAAAACAACGCUUGCCUCUGCACUGACUCCUUUGAGAAAAACAUCAUUUUCAUUCAGCUUUCUAGUUCUUCUGUCAUCGAUAUUCUGCUUGAUACUGUGAUAGAUGAAAUCAGCCAUCAUGAAUUUAAUUCUAUCAUCCAGCAUCGGCAUCAUAGCAUUUGUGAUGCUAGUGAACGCUGCCCCACCAAACUGCAAAGGUGACUGCGAACAGAAUCACAAGGAACCCAAGCAGGACUGGGGCUAUGUCGGUGUCCGACCUAAGGCCAACAUGUUCUGGUGGCUCUACUACUCCACCCAGCAACCCUUCAGCUCCGUGCCGUUGGUUCUCUGGCUACAGGGAGGUCCAGGAGGAUCCUCCACAGGGUUUGGUAAUUUCCAGGAGAUCGGACCGCUCGAUGUCAACCAGAAUCCUAGAAACACCACUUGGGUUUCUGUCGCUAACAUACUCUAUAUCGACAACCCUGUUGGAACUGGCUACAGUUAUGUCACAGACUCAUCUGCUUAUACAACAAAUGUCAGCCAGAUUGCAGAUGAUCUAGUCACCUGUAUCACUGCUUUCUUCAACAAACUACCUCAAUUUCAGAAAAUUCCCUUCUACAUAUUUUCUGAGUCAUAUGGUGGGAAAAUGACAGCUGCAUUCAGUCAAAAACUCCUGCAGGCCAUUCAAGCUGGUAAAGUUAGCGCUGAUUUCAAGGGCUUUGCCAUGGGAGACUCCUGGAUCUCACCUGUUGAUUAUGUGAUGACAUGGGGGCCAUACCUGAAGGCAACAUCUUUGCUAGACUCUGUUGGCUUUGCGGCCGUGCAGGAUGUUGCAGAGAGGACUAAAGAAGCCUUUGACCAAGGGAACUACAGUCGAUCCACCGAGCUAUGGGGUGAGGCAGAAAAUGUGAUUGAAACGUAUUCAGACGAUGUGAAUUUCUACAACAUCUUGGAGCACAAUGUUCCAGAUGAAAAUGCAAAGGGUGGUUCCCCUAUUGAACAAUUGAGACGGCGUCACCUGGAUGUCUAUCAGAACGACGCCCUGAGUGCGCUCAUGAACGGACCACUCAAGAAGAAACUUGGUAUCCCUGACAGUGUGACAUGGGGAGGACAAGCCGGAGAAGUAUUUACUCAGCAGAGUGAGGACUUCAUGAAGCCGGUCAUCAGUAUUGUUGAUGACCUCAUUACAAACUCAGAUCUACGUGUGAUUGUCUACAAUGGCCAGUUGGAUCUUAUCUGUGACACACCUGGCACUGAAUUAUGGGUACAGAAACUCACCUGGCCGGGGCUGGUGCAUUUCAACAGCACAACAUGGACGCCUGAGUAUGUCAAGUCGAAACAAGGAGACACAGCUUACUUCUACAAGAGCUAUGAGAACUUUGCUUUCUUCUGGAUAAUGAAGGCGGGCCACAUGGUCCCAGCCGAUGCCGGUGAAGCGGCCCUCUCGAUGUUAGAGUCUAUCAUUGACUCUGGCAAGAAAUAAGCUCAUCAAGGACAAAACUGUUCCGCUGGAACAUUAUCCGUUGAUUGCUGAGCGUGAGGAACCGAGUUUUAAACACUCUCUAAUUAAAUUGAAUCCGUCUCAUGUGGGUUAGUGAAGAACAAAAAUUGUAAUGGUAUUUUAACUUUUUAGAAAAAAUGAUGUAUAUGUUUUAAUAAUGCAAGUGUUGAUUUUUUAAAUUGAAUUUGUUUUAUUAGCACUCACCUUUUAUACUCAGGUUUUGUAAAAAUACAUGGAAAAAAUAAAGCACAUUGAAAUAAUCAUACCUAAAAAUCACAAAUACAAAUGAGUGACAAUUUUCCAUCAUAUGCUUUUUUUUUGUCCAUUAUUAUUUUGAAUAGAAAGUUUGUUCCACGGUAUCUAACCUAACAUUUCAUGAACUUUUUUUGAACUUUUAGAAGAUUUAGAAGUCAUUCUUAUCUAAGAAUAUUUGAAACAAUGAAAAAUAUGAUGGGUUUUAACCUGCACUGUAAGGGAUAAAUAUCCCUCACUCAAGUAAAUCAAUCUAAAGCGUUCUUUGUUGAU